CCCGCUCAAAGUAACAAUGCUGGUACUAUAGCACAGCUUAUUGGUAUAGCGAUUAGCAAUGCCGCCGCUCGUCGACAAGCUUUGCAUUGGAUAGUAACGGGUGAAUCAACUUCCGCAUUGCCCUCGAAAACUCACGAGCGUCGUCAGUCGCCUUCCCGAUCACCUUUCCCACUAGAUGUGGAUACGGGCACAAUGAGUGGGAGACCCUUGGUGAGACUUCCUAGCAGUGUACCACCAACAUCUAGUAAAAAGCCCACUGUAUGUACAGCUGUCAAAUCUAAAACAUCCAGCAGCGGGACUGUCUCCUCAAUCCCAAGCAUCUCGCUGCAACAAAACGCCUUGGCAAAUACAAAUCCUGGUUCUGCUAUCUCCCCGACCGUACCAGUUUCUACGUCCGUUAGAACCUUACUCGUAAGUUUCACCAGUAUGUUAUACUCAGUCUCCGUCUCACCUAGCCCACUGAAACCUGAAGUCCCGCCAACCUCAGCAACUGUAACACCCGGUUCUGAAAUCGGAGUUCUGCCUGAACACCCCUCUCUGACCCCACCAUCAGAAUGGACCAUUUCCAUGCUUACCUACAGUACUCAAGCCGCCAGUUACACCAGCCUGCGUACUAUGCCUAACAAUGCGGUCGGAACACCACCAGUCUAUACAGGUCCGCAUCUGGCCAAAGACUGGCCGAAUCUCUUCCCCUUCCCCAUUCCUACAGGCUACGUAGCUCCCAACAUUGUUCCUGCGGACCCCCAAGUCGGACAGUUGACUUACUUCAACCCUGGUCUAGGAGCAUGCGGAUCCCCCAGCAUGACAUCAAAUGAGCUCGCUAUCGCGAUAAGCUGGGAGCUGUUUGACAUGGGACGAGAGAUCGGGGGGUCAUCUUUGGAAGAGGGAUGGAAGUCAGAUGGUGUGAACCCGGAUGGGAAACUCGGGGAUUCUAUUGAUCAGAGCUCAAGUGCGCUGUGUAACCAAGGAAUCAGAGCAUGGAUAGGUGACGAGAGCGGAGAGAGGCUUGUGGAACAGGAAUUUGUGGUGAGAGAUCGUUGCGAAGGGUGUAACGUGUCGGAUCUGGAUAUUCAGCCGGAUAUAUAUUCUAAGCACUGGGAUGGGCUGGGCAACGGAAGGAUUCAGGUUACGUGGGAGUGGAUGCAAGAAGCGCCUACUGGCGUGCCAGCCUAGAUCAGUGACUACCUGUUCUCCCAGUAUAGGGUAUUUGGUACUAAUUGUGUUGUGUGUCGUACUUG